GAGCCACUUGCGACAAAUGCUUUGCUGAUCCAGAGUGGUUAGUAUUAUUUGAAAAUAUGGUGAAAUCUGGAAAAUUAAAAUCUGGGGCCGCAUCGAAACUGAAGCGAUGGAAAAAGGGACACAGCAGCGACUCGAACCCCCAGACGAACCGAUUCAGACAGGCUGCCAAAAGCCGUUUCUUCAGCCGCCCCUCGGAGAAGAGUGACCUGACUGUUGAUGCACUCAAACUGCACAACGAGCUGCAGGCAGGAGCCCUGGAGAGGGGUGACCGGGGAGAUGCCUGUAUGGAGGAGACUGCAGAGCAGGCCCUUUCAGAGAGGAGCGCAGGGACCUUCCUCAGCGGGUUGUCAGACUGCUCUAACCUCACCUUCAGAAAGGUGCAGCGCUUCUGGGAGUCCAACUCGGCUGCCCAUAAAGAGAUAUGUGCAGUGCUGGCUGCGGUGACUGAGGUGAUUCGAUCUCAUGGAGGGAAGGAGACGGAAACAGAGUACUUUGCCGCUCUGAUGACCACCCUGGAGGCAGUGGAUUCAGGGGAGUCUCUGGCUGCUGUGGCCUACCUCCUCAACCUGGUUAUGAAGCGGGUUCCAGCACCAGUGUUGAUUUCUAAGUUCUCUGACACGGCCAAAGCUCUGAUGGACGUCAUGUCCACCCUGGCCAGCUCAGAGUCCGCCUCCGCACUCAGAUGGAUUCUGUCGUGCCUCUCCACUCUUUUGCGGAAGCAGGAUGUUACAGUGUGGAGUUACCCAUCGACUCUGCAGACAUACCACGGUCUACUCAGCUUCACUGUCCACAGCAAGCCCAAGAUCCGUAAAGCAGCGCAGCACGGUUUGUGUUCCAUCCUGAGAGGCAGCGACUUACUGUUUACAGACAACGCCCCGACCCACCACCCUGCUGCCGCGAUGGCCGCCAAGUUCUGCAUCAAAGAGAUUGAACAGGCAGGAGGCAGUAAGGAGGACACCACCACCCUGCACGUCCUGGGUCUCCUGAAGGACCUCAUGGUCACCUUCCCUCUCAAUGCCGUCAAGUCCUGCUGUGAGACUCUUCUCAGGGUGAUGACCCUUAGCCACGUGUUGGUGACAGCAUGUGCCAUGCAGGCCUUCCAUAAGCUGUUCAGUGGGAAACCCAACCCUGCUACCCUGUCUGCUGAACUCAAUGCUCAGAUCAUCACGGCCCUGUAUGACUACCUGCCCAGUGAGAAUGACUUGCAGCCUCUACUAGCCUGGCUGGCUGUCAUGGAGAAAGCCCACGUUCACCUGGCCAGUGUUCAGUCGUCUCUAAGUCUGGGUCAUCUCCCUCGUCUCUUCUCCACAGCCAUGUCCUGCCUCCUGUCACCUCACACACAGGUCGUCUCUGCUGCCACCAAUACACUCAAGACUCUGCUGUCGGAGUGUGUGGCCCCUCACAUGGAGGAGAUCGGCCCCGUCAGCCUCACCGCUUCCUCUGGAAACCCUUCCUACGUCUGCAAGAUGUUCCGUAUCGUGGAGGAGGGUCUGUCGUAUCGUUUCCACGCCUCCUGGCCGUUCGUUCUGCAGCUGUUGGGCUGCUUCUACAGAGCAGCAGGGAAACGCACGCACCCGGUCAUGACCAAGUCUCUCCAGUCUCUAGCGGACCUACGCGCCACCCCUCGGUUCCCGUUCUGUGGUGAGCUGGACCUGGCUGUCGGUGGCGCUGUAGAGAGCAUGGGACCUGAAGUACUGCUGAACGCUGUACCGCUCAACAUCACUGGACUGGAAGACAAUCUGGAGUUCCCUCGUAGUUGGUUGAUCCCUGUCAUACGCGAUCACGUUAAGAACACGCACCUGGCUUACUACACGUCAUAUCUCCUGCCGCUCGCUGCCACGCUCCGACAGAGAGCUGAGGAGCUGGAGAAGGCUGGACAGAAACUGGAGGCUAAAGUCUACAAGACACUCCAGCUGCAGAUCUGGACCAUGCUGCCAGGGUUCUGUGUGGGGCCCUUGGACCUGCUGGUGUCGUUUAAAGGUGUAGCAAGGGCACUGGGCAUGGCCAUCAACGAACGGCCUGACCUACGACUGACCAUCUGCCAGGCCAUACGCACACUCAUCACCAAGAGCUGUAACACCGACGAGGAGAAGGCGGAGGUGGGGCGUUUUGCUAAGAACUUCCUGCCCAUCCUGUUCAACGUGUUCAGUCAGCAGCCUGCUCCGGGAGACAGUGCCCCCUACAGGAUGGCUGUCCUAGACACCAUUAAAGUCUACCUGACUGUCACAGACCCACAGAUGGUGUGUACCUUCCUAUCGAAAGCUACAGAAAGACUCAGCAGCCCAGACAGCACUGAGUUCAUACGGUUGUCUGUCAUGGACCUGAUGGUUGCCAUGGCACCCUGUGUAGAUGAGGUCACAAUGAGUCAGACCUUUGAACUGAUUCGGCCAUACUUGGAGAAUAAGGAGCCACACAUGCAGAAGAAGGCGUACCGCGUAUUGGAGGAGAUGUGCGGUGGGGAGAGGGAGGAGUGUAGAUCUUUCGUUCUCUCUCACCUGGAGACGCUCAAACACGUUCUGCUGGGGACACUGAAGACUGCUUCGUCUCCCGCCAAGAGGCCCAGACUAAAGUGUCUGAUCCACAUUGUGAAACAGCUGAGUGAUGAACACAGAGACUUCAUCACUGCCCUGCUACCAGAGGUGAUCAUAUGUACUAAGGAGGUGUCAGUGGGAGCUCGGAAGAACGCCUACACUCUACUGGUGGAGAUAGGAAGCGCUUUUAUCAGGUUCUGUGGCGAUGCCAAAGAAGCCUUGGAGCAGUACCUCCUGUUGGUGUACGUGGGGCUGACCGGCUCCGUCACUAUGAUCACAUGCACAGUCCUGGCUCUCACCAGACUGGUCUUUGAGUACAAAGACUCUAUAGACAUGGGGUCGAUGGAGCACCUCCUACACAACGUGUGCCUGCUGCUGACGUCUCACACCAGGGAGAUUGUCAAAGCAGCGCUCAGCUUCGUCAAGGUCAUCCUCUUCGUCAUGGACCCCACGACACUGGCCGGCCACGUCACCGUGAUGAUGGAGGGUGUUGGGAACAUCAAGGAUGACGUUAGGAGACACUUCAGGACGAAGCUGAAAAACAUUUUCACCAAGUUCAUCAGGAAGUUUGGGUUUGAGUUGGUGAAAAGCAAGCUGCCCGUGGAGCAUCAUAAGGUGUUGGUGAACAUCCGUAAGGCUGAGGCCAGAACCAAGAGAUCAAGACUGGCCGACGAAGACCACGACGACUCAGACAGCGGAGACGACACGCCAAAAGCCAGAGGAGAGAGUAUCGAGGAGAUCUUGGCCGAGUCAGACUCUGACAUGUCAGAUGACGAAAGGCCUAAGGGCGGUAAGACCCAGAGGAAGCCCACAAAGCAGAAGGGGCGGGCCUGGCUGAAGGAGGGACAGGGAGACGAACCACUCAACUUCCUGGAUCCCACGGUCUCCCAGAGGGUCUUGGCCACCAACCCAGACAUGAAGAAAAGGGCAAAAGUUCAGCACAGCUUCAAGGUCACGUCAGACGGAAGACUCAUCAUCAGAGAGGACAAUGACGAGGGAGUCAAGACUAAAGAUGAUGAGGGAGAGAUGAAAGACAUUCUGGAGGAGGCUGGAGUCAAGAGUAUAAAGACUAAGAAGAGGAGAUUCCAGGAUGGUCACUACGAUGACGACAUGGAGAUCGAACCCCAGCUGAAAUACAAAACUGGCGGCUCGGGGAUCCACAGACCGCUGGGUGGGAGCCGAGACCUGGGGGGAGACUACAAGGCCAAGAAGGGUAAAGGAGACGUGAAGAGGAAAGGAAAGGUUGAUCCGUAUGCCUACAUCCCGCUGAGGAAAGCACAGCUCAACCGCAGGAAGAAAGCAAAGAUGCAGGGACAGUUCAAGGGCAUGGUGAGAGGGGCCAAGAAGGGAGCGCAGUCUGGGAAGAGGAUGCAAAGGAACAAGAUGAGGGCCUGAAGAGUUUACAUCCAACUGUUGAUUGUGUGUCCUUCUGCCAGUUGUCCCAAGAGGGUCUGUGCAUAGAAAUUUAAUUAAAGCUCAUUCUAUGGGU